AUGUUUGAGUCAGAAGUUGCCAAAAAGUACUGCAUUCUGGUAGGUACUCUUUAUCGACUCAAGAACUGCAAUACAGCAAUCAAGAAUAAGAAAGGACCUGUUACUACUAAGUCUAAGGAAGAGGAGCAGGAAUUUGUGAACUGGAUUUUACAUAGAGCAGCAACAGGGUGCCCUGCCACAGUUAAUGAAUUGAAGGAUAGUGUGCAGCAAAACAUGUUAAAAAUAAAAAAAGAAAAUAAAUUUCUUAAUGACAGGCCUGGUCGUCACUGGUUUAAAGGAUUUAAGAGACGUCAUCCUAACAUAUUGUACAGAACUGCUCAAUCCUUGGAGCUUCUGAGAGCAGAUGUAACUGAAGAAGAUCAAAGAAAUUGGUUUAGAGAAAUAAUAACUUACCUGGAGAGUAAGAGUUUGGUAACCCUUGAUGCAUGUAGAGUUUUCAAUUGCGAUGAAACCAGCUUGCAGUUGAAUCCCAAACCAUCUAAAGUUUUAGCUGAGAAAGGUGCAAAAACUAUUUACCAGUGUACUGAUGGAAAUGAAAAGGACAAUCAUUUAGUUUUAUUUACAUAUAGUGCAGAUGGCUUGUAUAACUAUUUUUACACUUGGUUACAGAAUCUAUUUUCUAAAGUAAGAGAUGGAAUUAAAACUUCUAAUAGCCUGCCAAACGAUAAAAAUUUCAACUACUAUCUUUGUUUCCCUGUCUUCAAUAAAAUGAGAACCAAUCAAAUCAUAAAAAUUACAAGUGUCAUGCAAAAUAUUAUUGAAAAAGUUGGAGUUCUAGCAAAUAUCAAACAAAGAGAUGUGGAAGAAAAGUUUGAUCUCUUGUUGGAAUCAAAUGAUAUUUUUUUGGACAGAGCCGGAGCACGCAUGGAUGAAGAAUCUGGUAUAAAUAAAAAUCCUAGUAGUGAAUUGAUAGUGUCUCAAUCAAGAAUGCCAAGUCAUCUCAAUGGGAGCUGGAAUUCUGCUUCCUAUAUCAAUAAACAAAUACCUGCUUUCUCAAAUUCUUCACAAGCAAUUCGAUUGUUGUCUGGAAAAAAUAUUCAAAAGCCGCAACUUAGUUUCAAAGAUAAAAUAGACAAUAGCCGAAAACCAUGGCAGCCUAAAAUUAAAUACAAGCCUAAUGCUGUCAAACUUCUAGAAUUAUAUACAGAUUUAGAUAAGAAUGGAGAUGAAAUAUUUAAUCAUCCUUAUGAACUCGAGUUGAACAACUUUGAACCUUCAGAUACACAACUUCUGAAAAAGCCUGUGAUCAAGUAUAAAUCCGUUGAUGAAACCCCUUUGAUUAUUAUUGAAAAAAUCGAGGAUUUGAAAAAUAUGCUCACGGAUCUUGAAAAAUGUGCAGAAAUAGCUGUCGAUUUGGAACACCAUUCUUAUAGGAGUUUCCUUGGUAUUACUUGUGUAAUGCAAAUAUCAACUACAGACACAGAUUAUUUAAUUGAUACGUUGAGUCUCAGGUCUGAUUUACACAUAUUAAAUAAAAUUUUCACGGACUCCUCCAUUCUUAAAGUAUUUCAUGGAGCUGAUUCAGAUGUUUUAUGGUUACAAAGAGAUUUAUCUAUAUAUGUUGUAAAUAUGUUUGAUACACAUCAAGCAGCAAAACAACUAGAAUUACCGUUCUUAAGUUUAUCCUAUCUUUUGAAAUUAUUCUGUCAAAUAGAUAUAAAUAAGCAUUUUCAGUUAGCUGACUGGCGUAUCAGACCAUUACCAAAUGAACUCUUGAGAUACGCUAGGGAGGACACUCACUAUUUAUUAUAUCUCAAAAACGUCCUUAGUAAUGCUUUGAUUGAUGCAGCUCAUGGUCAAAGCAACAUUCUCAAGUCUGUUUAUAUGAGAAGUACGGAUAUAUGCAAGAAUACUUACAGAAAACCAAUAUGGACCGAAGAAAGUAACUUGAACAUUUACAGAAAAAGCCAAAAAAUAUUUAAUAACCGCCAACUAUAUGCAUUUAAAGAAUUAGAUAGGUGGAGGGAUGAAACUGCGCGCAUUGAAGAUGAUAGUACAAAUUACGUGUUACCAAACCAUAUGCUAUUAAAUAUUGCAGAAACUCUUCCCCGAGAAAUACAGGGUGUCCUUGCUUGCUGUAAUCCUAUUCCACCGUUGGUUCGAAAAAAUUUAUUAAAAAUUCAUAAAAUUAUUCUGAAGGCGAGAGAACAGCCUUUAAGUAAAACGAUUUUACAAGAAGACAUAAAACUACGCUUAUCACAAAGACAUCAAAGUUCUAGCUCUGAAUCAUGGAAUUUUUCCCCGCAUGAUGUGCCAAGUGGCAUAGAAGUUCGGGUCAACCUUUCUUGUCUUUUAAAAACGUCUGUUGCUGAAUUAAGACAAUUAAAGCAGUUAAAAUUGCAUCCGAAAAUAUCAAUAUUUGAUCUUCUAUUAAAGGAAAAAUUGGAAAUGAGAAACGCUAAUUAUGUAAAGAAAAAAAGAAAACUCGUCUUCGUCAGUCCUUUUAAAAGGUACAAGCUAGUUCAAUCUGUAAUGUUAAGAGAAGUUCCAGAUGAAUCCAACGACGGACAAGAAUGCACUGGAAAAUUAAAUUAUCCAAGAGAAUUUUGAGAUGAAACUACAAUCAGUAUGGAUAAAUAGUAUCACAAAUAAAUCAUUAAUGAAUGCUUAUUCUUUUUCUCGUGAUAAACAUUAUUUUGUAAUACUUAGUUUUCAGGUAGUUACUUGAUUCUUUGAAAAGAUUAGAAUGAAGAAACCUUCAAAAAAUUCGUGAUCCAUUUUUUUUUUUUUUUUUAAGAUACUUAACAAAAAAAAUCGAAUAUCGUUAGGUAUACAUUGGCGUUUUUGUACUACUGUUUAAAAACCAAUUGAUCAAUUACGUAGAAUUGUAGAAAAAAUAUAUGG